CUUCCUUCGGUGUUGGGUGCGCUCUGGAGAUAACCAAUCAGAUCAGCUCUAUCUCGGUCCGGAAGCUGUGUUGUUUACAUUUUCCAAGAUGGCGGCGGGAAUGUAUUUGGAGCAUUAUUUGGACAGCAUAGAAAACCUGCCCUUCGAGUUGCAGAGGAACUUUAAUUUGAUGAGGGAUCUAGAUCAACGCACAGAGGAUCUUAAAGGCCAGAUAGACUCUCUGGCUAAAGAAUACACUGCCAAUGCCCGGACUCUCUCCUCUGAGCAAAAGCUGUCCAUACUGAGGCAGAUCCAGCAGUCAUACAGUAAAUGCAAGGAGUUUGGAGAUGACAAGGUGCAGCUGGCCAUGCAGACCUAUGAAAUGGUGGAUAAACACAUCAGACGUCUGGACACGGAUCUGGCUCGGUUUGAGGCUGACCUGAAGGAAAAGCAAAUCGAGAGCACAGACUAUGAUUCCACCUCUAGUAAGGGGAAGAAAGGAGAUUCCAGGCAAAAGGAGAAGAAGGCAGCUAAAACGAGGUCUAAAGUGAAGAGUUCAGAUGAAGACAGCAGUCCUAAGAGUGCACAGAAGAAAGUGAAACUCCUUCAGCCAGGAGAAUUCAACAGCCCUUCUUCCAACUUUGGGAACGUGCACCCAUCCGAUGUGCUGGAUAUGCCAGUGGACCCCAACGAGCCCACCUACUGCCUAUGUCAUCAGGUCUCCUAUGGCGAGAUGAUCGGCUGUGACAACACUGAUUGCUCCAUUGAGUGGUUCCAUUUCGCAUGUGUGGGGCUGACAACCAAACCGAGAGGCAAAUGGUACUGUCCACGGUGCUCUCAGGACAGAAAGAGGAAGUGAGAACAAAUGGUUGUCCUGGAACGAAACACGGACUCUGAUCAGAUGGAAAAUGAGAAGAAUAUUUCUUCAUUAGUUACUAGAACUUUUUGUUUCUCAUCUUCCUUAACAUUUGGUGCUUUUUAAAUUUCGGUUUACGUACUUGCCUUGGUCUGAUGCAGAGUGUUUGAAGGAGCCAAGUGUUACAAAUGUAUUUAAAUUUUUUUUUUUAUUUUUUUUUUUUUU